GCCAACAUGGCUGCGCCCAUGUAAUAGCGGCAGUGGCCAGUGACCUCUCUUUUUCCUCCUUGUCACCUGGCCCUUGUGGUGGCAGGCUGAGCGCGAAGAUCAUGCUGGGCCGGACCCUUCGAGAAGUUUCUGCAGCUUUGAAACAAGGCCAAAUUACUCCAACAGAACUCUGCCAAAAAUGUCUCUCUCUGAUCAAGAAGACUAAGUUUUUAAAUGCUUACAUUACUGUAACAGAGGAGGUAGCCCUAAAACAAGCUGAGGAAUCAGAGAAGAGAUAUGCUAAAGGUGAGUCACUUGGGAAUUUGGAUGGAAUUCCUGUUGCAGUAAAAGACAAUUUUAGUACAUCUGGCAUUGAGACAACAUGUGCAUCAAACAUGCUAAAAGGUUAUGUACCACCUUAUAAUGCUACCGUAGUUCAGAAGUUGUUGGAUCAGGGAGCUCUACUUAUAGGAAAAACAAAUUUAGAUGAGUUUGCUAUGGGAUCGGGAAGUACAGAUGGUGUGUUUGGACCAGUGAAAAACCCUUGGAGUUACUCUAAGCAGUAUAGAGAAAAGAGAAAGCAGAAGCCCCAUGGUGAAAAUGAAGAUUCCAAUUGGCUCAUAACCGGAGGAAGCUCGGGCGGCAGUGCGGCAGCUGUGUCUGCAUUCACAUGCUUUGCAGCUUUAGGAUCUGACACAGGAGGAUCAACCAGAAAUCCAGCUGCGCUUUGUGGGCUUGUUGGUUUAAAACCAAGCUAUGGAUUAGUUUCCCGUCAUGGUCUCAUUCCCCUCGUGAAUUCAAUGGAUGUGCCAGGAAUCUUAACCAGAUGUGUGGAUGAUGCAGCCAUUGUGUUGGAUGUUCUGGCUGGGCAUGAUCCCAAAGAUUCUACCACAAUACAAGAACCUAUUAAGCCAUUUAGGCUUCCUACUUUGACAGAUGUGAGCAAACUGUGUAUAGGAAUUCCAAAGGAAUAUCUUGUACCAGAAUUAUCAAGUGAAGUACAGUCUCUUUGGACCAAAGCUGCUGACCUCUUUGACUCUGAGGGGGCUAAAGUAAUUGAAGUGUCCCUGCCUCACACCAGUUAUUCAAUUGUCUGCUAUCAUAUAUUGUGUACCUCAGAAGUGGCAUCCAAUAUGGCAAGAUUUGAUGGACUAGAAUAUGGUCACCGAUGUGACAUUAAUGUGUCAACUGAGGCUAUGUAUGCUGCAACCAGACGAGAAGGGUUCAAUGAUGUGGUGAGAGGAAGAAUUCUCUCAGGAAACUUUUUUUUAUUGAAAGAAAACUAUGAAAAGUAUUUUGUCAAAGCACAGAAAGUGAGGCGCCUCAUUGCUAAUGAUUUUAUAAAUGUUUUUAACUCUGGAGUUGAUGUCUUGCUAACUCCUACAACUCUGAAUGAGGCGGUACCAUACUUGGAGUUCAUCAAGGAAGACAACAGAACUCGAAGUGCCCAGGGUGAUAUUUUCACACAGGCGGUAAAUAUGGCAGGAUUGCCAGCAGUAAGCAUUCCUAUGGCCCUCUCCAGCCAAGGAUUGCCGAUCGGACUACAAUUUAUUGGACGUGCAUUUUGUGAUCAGCAGCUUCUUACAGUUGCCAAAUGGUUUGAAAAGCAAGUACAAUUUCCUGUUAUUCAACUUCAAGAACUAAUGAAUGACUCUUCCACAAUAUUUGCAAAUGAAAAGCUAGCGUCUAUUUCUCUGAAACAGUAG